AAUUGAGUGGUGUCAGCACCUUCAAGGUGAGUUGUCAGCAAAUUUUCGGAUCCUUAGCCUGAUGUUCUGAAACACAAGGUACAUUUGAUGGGUAAUUGUGCGAGAAAGCACGUAUCUGCUCCCCUCACAGAUAAAAACAUUAGUGAACACAAUCUUCUUAACAUUCGUGAUACGUCAAGACAAAUAAAAAAUCCAUGUUCACGAUCUUCAGGACAAUUAGACGGUUGUAAAUCGAGCUCCAUCAAAUUACUUCACAGUGAUGCACUUCUACAUGAAGGUAAAUCGUUAAGUGGACACGAAAAUACUGCGUCUUGCAAUUCUCGUGAAAGAUUCACUGGAAAGGAUAUAAACUCGGGUAGCAGGUCGAAUUUGUCAACUCCCAAAGCAUCCAUUAUUAAUGUUGUACCUGGUGGCCAUUGUGGUGAAAGCAUCAAGGAAGCUGCAGUUACUACAGGUUUUCACUUGCAGAGGUUAGCCACUGAAAAUUCGCCAAGAAUUGUGAACUUAUCUCAAACUUCAGCACGAAAUAGUGGCGACGUUGAUAAUUUAGACAGUCAGCUGUCCGUUAGUCCAGUUCACUGGCAUGCUCACUUAAAUGAGUCAUCAGAUGAGAAUAUUUUGCACAGUUUUCGGACACCCUAUAGGACUAAUAUUCAUGUACAGUCUCAUUCUCAUUUACAACACAACUCCUCAUCCAAUAUGAUACCUUUUCUAAUGAGUAACAGAUAUUCUCGUAGUGGAUGUGCCAGCGCUACUCGAAGUGCAAUGGAAUCGCCACUCACAGUAGAUUCAGGAACUCACAAAUCUGAAAAACCAUAUAGAUCAUCCGUUGUUGUUGACUCUGAUCGUCUGAAGCAUCUUGAAAAUAAUAUAGCGAGUUAUGAUGGAAGAACAGUCAGCACCACUCCAACAAUGUUUUUGGGAGAAAUUAAUUCUGACCACCGGUCUUCAACUGGAGGUUUAUCAGCCCGUUAUCUUGUCCAUCAACCCUUUAUUCCUUCGAAUACUGGCUCACCUAGUAGACUCAGUUUGGCUCUGGGUGGUUUAGUUGCUAAUUCAAAAAAGUCAUUGUCUGUCACACAAGAUAAUUGCAAGGCCGAAUAUUAUCAUGUGGCUAUCUUUGACUAUGAAGCUCAUACAGCCGAGGAAGUUAGUGCGCGUAAAGGUGAUCAGCUGCGAGUUUUAGACUUCAGUGAUUCCGACUGGUGGUUGGUUGAACACUCAGGACAAGUUGGUUACAUUCCAUCCUCCUAUUUAGCUCAGGCCAAUUCAGUUGAAGCUGAAGAUUGGUAUUUCCGAAGUAUAUCGCGAAAAGAUUCCGAACGUCUUCUAUUAUUAAAAGGAAAUAUUCGUGGAACAUUUCUUGUUCGAGCUAGUGAAACAACGAAUGGUGCUUUAUCUUUAUCAGUACGUGAUACAGAGCAACAAAGAGGUGAAACUGUUAAACAUUAUAAAAUAAGACAAUUUACAGAAACUGGUGAUGUAUACAUAACUACAAAACAAGUCUUUCCUGAUUUAAAAUCAUUAGUUAAGCAUUAUUCCACUCAAUCAGACGGUUUAUGCUGUUGUCUAACACGCCCAUGUCCAAGACCACCACCAGUACCUACAGAUUUAUCUAGAUUAACAAGAGAUCAGUGGGAAAUAUCACGUUCUUCAUUGAAACUGAUUGAAUUAUUAGGCGCUGGACAAUUUGGAGAAGUUUGGAGAGGUAAAUGGAAUGAAACUAUUGAAGUAGCUGUAAAAACAUUAAAACAAGGUACAAUGACUAAAGAAGAAUUUCUUAAAGAAGCACGUAUUAUGAAACAAUUACACCAUCCACGACUGGUGCGAUUAUAUGCUGUUGUUACAGCUGAACCAAUAUAUAUUGUAACUGAAUUAAUGUCCAAUGGAAGUUUAUUAAAAUAUCUACGUGAUGGUCAAGGCAAAGAAUUAGGCUUGAAACCACUGAUUGAUAUGAUGGCACAGAUAGCUAGUGGUAUGGCAUAUUUAGAAAAAGAGCAUUAUAUUCAUCGGGAUUUAGCGGCAAGAAAUAUUCUUGUCGGUGAAAAUAACAUCGUCAAGGUAGCUGAUUUUGGAUUAGCUCGAAUUAUUGACAGUGCAAAUGAAACAUAUACAGCUAAACAGGGUGCUAAAUUCCCUAUAAAGUGGACAGCCCCAGAAGCUGCAUUAAUGGGUAGAUUUACAAUCAAAUCAGAUGUUUGGUCAUUUGGUAUAGUGAUAUAUGAAAUUAUCACUUACGGGCAAGUACCAUUUCCAUCAAUGAAUAAUACAGAGACAUUACAACAAGUUGAAAAUGGUUAUCGUAUGCCAUGUCCUGUAAAUUGUCCUAGUGCUAUUUAUGAAAUUAUGCUGAAUACCUGGGAUGCUAAACCAGAACGUAGGCCAACAUUUGCAUUUUUGUGUAAUUAUUUCGAGGAUUAUUUUGCAUCAGCUGAAUUAUCUUAUCGUCCAGCUGAAAAUAAUACUCCUUUAAUCACUAAUAUUAAUAAUGAUAAUGAUAAUAAUAAUGCCAUCAAUGGUAAUAAACAUGUAGGCAGCAGCAACAGUGGGAACCAACUUCAUCCUUCUCAUCAAUUACAAUCUCAUUCAGUUAAAGAUAAACAUUCUCAUCAAAUGUCGAUAAAUCAAGAUACAAUUAUGCUGUAUAAUAAUAAUAAUAAUGAAUCAAAUGAUGACCACUCAUCAUCGAAUAAUUUAACUCAAACAUCAUCAGUUAGUACAGCACAACAAUUGACAACAACUCCAUCUCAUAUUUGUACAGUUCAAAUGUGUUGAUCACGCCACACACACAAGACAGUCAAACGUGUUACUGUUGUUGGUGUGUUCUUCUUUUCUUGAUUCAAUCAAUUAGGUAUGUGUAUACAGAUAAAUAAAUAAAUACAUUGUUUAAUGUGAUUAAAAUAACAAUAAUAAUAAUACUAUAAAUGUAGACAUUUCAUCAUGUAUUCACUUCAUCAUCAUGAGGAAAAGGGGAGGGGGGAUAUAAUGAAUGCAUAAGUAAAUAACCGGAAAUUCAUUGAUUUCUAAAUAUAUGUGAAUGUGCCUUACUAUGAUCACUAUUAUUAUUAUUUGUAUGAACUGAAAUAGUCAUGGAUCUGAUCAUCACAUCUAUAUUCACUGAUCAGGGAUUGAAAGAAGAAGAAAUCAAAGCAACAAUAUAGACACACGGCAGAUAUACACAAACACAUACCGUUCCCCUGGUCUCCUAACAUUCAUUAUAUAUACUGACGUCCAUACAUACAUACACAUACACACACACUCAUACCUAUAUGUAUUGUCCCGGUGUUUAUUCAAAAAAGAUAAGUUUUAUUGUUAUUGAUAUACUAACGGCUGGUAUACAAGGCAUUAUUGGCGGACAAUCUCUGUCUAAUAUUACACAAAGAACACGUUCCUGAUUUGUCUAUAACGAAUAAGCAAUUCAGUCAACACACAUUUAAAUAUCUCAGAGAUGGAGAUGAAUACAAGAGCCGAAGCCUGUUCAACAUCAUCAUCAUCAUCAUCAUCACUAUUAUUCAUCAAAGUGACGACAUCAAAGAAAAAGGAGUUUUUUUAAUUAAUCAUGUACAAUUUCAAAUCAUCAUUUUCUACUCUCUCUUUCUCAAAAAACAAAAAGCAAUAUUAUUAUUGUUAUGGCAUACAUAUUUCUUUCGUUAUUUCCAUUUUAUGAUACAUUUUUUUAAAAAAUUUCAUAGUGAUAUAAUCUACAGGAAGAAAUAAAAUGUCUGAAAUUUUCUUUUGUUUUUUGACAGGAAAAUCAAUACAUGUUGUUUUUUUCUUUUGUCCUAAUGGUGGCGCCAACGUUUUCCCCUUUUAAAGGAAUUCCUUUAAUUCUCUCUCUCCGUCUCUCUCUGAAGGGAGACUGAUUGCACAACACAAUUAUUCAUUUACUAAACUGUCUGUUUUAUCCCUCUCUCUCUGUCUCUGUCUUCGUGCAUCUCUUGACUAUUCUAUGUGUAUAAUUUAAAAUAAUUGUACUUUUAUAUUUUAUAUUUACUUAAGUAGAAGGUUUAUCAUCAAACUGUUUACUGGGCUAAAUUUCAUUUCCAAUGACUUAAACUGUACGUGUGUGCGUGUCCACACAUACACACACACUAUACUUCACAACACAACAUAAGAAGUUUGUAUAAAUCUGUCUUCUUUUUUUGAGAAUAUAUCAAAGUGGAUCUGAUGAAAUGAGGUCACCACCUUUUAGUCUUUCUACUAAUUUCCUCUCCCUUUUUUUCAAUUGUUUAAUAAACCCAUACUCGCAACAUCAUCUUUCGUACGCACACACGCACAGACACAAAACGUGCUGCAUACAUUUCCUCCUUCACCGGACAAUAAUGAUCACACCAAAAAAAUAUCGUGUAACUCCUUUUCCUUCUCUGGUUUCCUUUUCUUCUUAAUCUAUGAUAGCUGGAAAAAUAGUCUUUGUGUGUGCCUAUGUGUGAGUCAGUGAUUGAGUGAGUGUGUAAUGGUGUGAAGCACAUUUCAUUGAUCUACUGAGCAAAUUUUUGGAAAAAAAAUUAUUAUCUCAUUUGUAUUUAUUCAAACAAAAUAGGAUUUUUCAUUUCAUCAACACAAACAAAACUUGAAUAUGAAAAUUGUGUUAGGGUGUGAUGAUUUUCACUCAUCCACACUUCCUUUUAUCGCCACCACCACCCUUUUUCUUUUCUAAAUGUGCUGUUCUGCUGUUGUCUGCCUUCAAAAUUUCCUCAAACAGAUAAAAACACACUUUGAAAAAAAAAAAACAAUUGACUCUCAGG